UCAUCCGCAGCACAAGGUUUCCAUUCCCAUUCCUCUUCUUCGAAUCCGCGUGCGCUAUUCAGCAGCUCCUCAUCGUUCUUCCGCCACUCUCGUUCCAAGACCGAUGGAGCAAUCGAACUACAGCAACGCCCAAGACGAACUAUCUUCUCUCAUCGUGGCCCUCGUAUUGUCGAUGUUCCUACAGUACAGGACAGAAAGGUAUGUAUUCAUUCCCGUGCGUUUCCCGUCGCUGUUGUUCAAUGACUUAUCUGCAGGCACUAGCUGUUGCUCCGCGGCCGCGGCCCCAGCAGCAAAGCCAAUUGCACGGCCAAACCGAGGCGUCGUCAUCACAAACUCAGCACGCCGCCACCUCGACCUCCACGACACCUCCUGCUCCAGGUACUCAUGCUACCACGGCUGGUGCAGCACCCGCGCAGUCACCAUCCAUACCAUGGUGGGCUUAUCUCGUACUUUUCCUCUGUUGUACAUCUCCUCCGCACGCCAAUGGUCAUUAAUACACUGCAGCAUCGUCACGUCUUUUGCUACUCCAUCACUCCCGCUCCCUCGUUGUGCUACUCGUGCAAUGCAUUAAGCUCAAUAACCACGAAAGCCCGGGACCAGCCCAGGCUCCUCCAUCUAUCGAUAGACAUCCUCAGUACUAUGUAGGUGUCGGCGAGCUAGUUUGAACAAUGCUUAACAUACACCAACCCUUUCCUCGUACUCGUUCUGUCACAACUUCGGUGCGAUGUUUUAAACAUCAGCAUUCUGUUCCAAAUGUUGCGUCAGUGGUAAAGCUCCAAGCUUCCGUAACAAUGCGCCCAACGCAUAGCGAUGAUACCGCGAACCGAUACGUUUUACA